CCCGAGGACACAUAAAUGCUCUCAGAAGGUUUGAUGCUGCUCGGACUUUACAUUCAACACUUUUUACUCCUGAUACAUCUUUCAUACAGUCUACUUUAGGUGCUUUGCCCCUCUUUUUACACACAUUUCACCGUCUUCAGCAACUUUUCAAGGAUUUGUACUUUUGCGGAGGUGAAGGGAAUAUUUGUAGGAGAAGGCAGAAGGAAGAAGGCAGAAGGAGAUGCGAUCAAUGGACGAGCGAGACUAGAAAGUUAGCCAGCAGCUUUUAGCUGCUUGAUUUAAACUACAAAGUUAAAACUAGAAAGUUAGCCAGCAGCUUUUAGCUGCUUGAUUCAAACAAGUAGUUUCUCCAUCAAAUUAACUCCGAUCGAUUUCACCUUUUGGGGCUUUUUCCCAGCUUUGUUACGUUCUCUUUCUGGGAAAUAUGCGCAACGUUAUGAGCUAAAUCUUGCAAAGUUCGAUCGCCGCGUGUGGAUCGUGGAUUCUCUGCUGUUUUUUGUUUUUUUGUGUGGAUCGUGGAUACUCUGCUUUUUCUUAUUUGUUUGGUGGGCGACUUUUUCUGCCUCUAAUCUCAACUCCGGAGUGUUUUUCUGCGACUCACGCUGGCCGUCUCCCAGCAGCCCAUCGUCAUCGUCAGUAAGUUCAAACUCGCGAGUGACCUGCUGCUGUCAGGUUCUGAAUGGAGUUCCAAUCGCCAAAGAGCCAACAGUUGUAGCUCCCUCAACAGGAUGCUGAUGAGGCCAAGUGUACUUCUGUUUCUGGCUCUCUUUGCCCAGGUUUUAAGGACACAGUGCCGUCCUGCUAACCCCGAUGACGUCUCCUCAGAAACACCAGCAGAACUCUUCACCCUCUAUCUUGGGGGUCAUCUGGACCUAAGCUGUUCUACGAAGGACUCCCUUCAUGCUGUCAACUGGACUAAAGACCAAGUGGCCAUCGUGGAUGGAGAGCACACACGCAUCCGUAAUGGCCAGCUGGAGAUUGAGACCGUGGAGCUGGCAGACUCUGGCCUGUACACAUGCACAACCUUUGGCAACCAAAGCAUCUUUUUCAACGUCACAGUCGAUACUCUGGCCUCGUCUGAGGACGAUGAUGAGGACGAAGAAUCUUCUUCAGAGGAAUCUAAACUGUUAGGCAGUCAAAAACUGCUUCCGAUGGCUCCACAGUGGGCUCAUCCAGAAAAAAUGGAGAAAAAGCUUCAUGCUGUUCCUGCCAGUAAAACUGUCAAGUUUCGCUGUCAGGCCAGUGGCAACCCAAUACCCACUCUGAAAUGGUACAAGAAUGGUAAAGAGUUCAAAAGAGACCAUCGCAUUGGAGGGUUCAAGGUUCGUGACCACGUGUGGACCAUCAUCAUGGAAUCGGUGGUGCCCUCAGACAAGGGAAACUAUACCUGUGUGGUGGAAAACCAGUAUGGGAGCAUCAAUCAUACCUACCAGUUGGAUGUUGUCGAGCGCUCUCCACACAGGCCAAUCCUGCAGGCUGGCUUACCUGCUAAUCGCAGUGCAGUGGUGGGCAGUGAUGUGGAGUUUGUGUGCAAGGUGUUUAGUGAUCCUCAGCCUCACAUCCAGUGGUUGAAACACAUCGAGGUCAACGGGAGUCGUGUCGGUCCAGACGGCUUACCGUACGUCCGCGUACUCAAGCAUUCUGGGGUCAAUAGUUCGGAUGCUCAGUUGCUGACACUCUACAAUGUGACAGAGGAGGACAGUGGAGAAUAUAUAUGUAAAGUGUCCAAUUAUAUAGGGGAGGCCAAUCAGUCGGCUUGGCUGACUGUCAGCAGAUUUGAGGCCACAGCUGUGCCACACUAUCCUGAGGCCAGCCACACCUACCUGGAGGUGGUCAUCUACUGUGUGGGCUUCUUCUUCAUCGCUGUCAUGAUUGCCAUCGUAAUCAUUGUCAAGAUACGCACCUCCUCCAAGAAGAGUGACUUCAACAGUCAGCAGGCUGUCCACAAGCUGGCCAAAAGCAUACCCCUGCGCAGACAGGUAACAGUCUCUGUGGACUCAAGUUCCUCUAUCCACUCCGGUGUGAUGUUGGUGCGGCCUUCCCGUCUAUCUUCCAGCGGCUCCCCCAUGUUGUCAGGGGUGUCUGAGUAUGAACUCCCCCAAGAUCCUCGCUGGGAGCUUCUACGAGAUUGUCUGGUUCUUGGGAAGCCCCUUGGCGAGGGCUGCUUCGGGCAAGUCGUGAUGGGAGAGGCGCUGGGUCUGGACAAAGAGAAACCAAACCGUGUGACCAAGGUUGCAGUCAAAAUGUUAAAGUCUGAUGCCACAGAGAAAGACCUUUCCGACCUUAUUUCAGAGAUGGAGAUGAUGAAAAUCAUUGGGAAGCACAAGAACAUCAUAAAUCUGCUCGGGGCAUGUACUCAGGAUGGUCCUCUGUAUGUGAUUGUGGAGUACGCAUCCAAGGGCAACUUAAGAGAGUAUUUGCGUGCACGACGCCCUCCGGGCAUGGAGUAUUGUUACAACCCGGACCAAGUUCCUGUAGAGAACAUGUCCAUCAAAGACCUGGUGUCCUGCGCCUACCAAGUGGCCCGAGGCAUGGAGUACCUGUCUUCCAAGAAGUGCAUCCACAGAGAUCUUGCUGCUCGUAAUGUGUUGGUGACUGAGGACAAUGUGAUGAAAAUAGCAGACUUUGGGCUGGCAAGAGACAUCCACCACAUUGAUUACUACAAGAAGACCACCAAUGGUCGCUUACCAGUCAAAUGGAUGGCUCCUGAAGCUCUGUUUGAUCGGAUCUACACACACCAAAGUGAUGUCUGGUCCUUUGGGGUGCUGCUUUGGGAAAUCUUCACCCUGGGAGGUUCUCCGUACCCCGGUGUACCCGUGGAAGAGCUGUUCAAGCUGCUGAAGGAAGGUCACCGCAUGGAUAAACCAACCACCUGCACUCACCAGCUGUACAUGAUGAUGAGGGACUGCUGGAACGCCGUUCCCUCCCACAGGCCAACGUUCAAGCAGCUGGUGGAGGACUUGGACCGCUGCCUGGCCAUGACAUCCAACCAGGAGUACUUGGAGCUGUCCGUGCCCUUGGAUCAAUACUCCCCCAACUACCCCGACACCCGCAGCUCCACUUGCUCUUCAGGCGAGGACUCGGUCUUCUCCCACGACGCAGGUGCUGAGGAGCCCUGCCUGCCCAAACUCCCUCCCCAUUCAAUGGUGGCGGCCAUUAAGAAACGCUGACAGCUCAUCUCCACGCGGGCAAACUUUGACAAUUCCUCAGGAUGGUCCAGCCUUUCUUACAUUCCCAGAGAUGAAGCUGAGGACCGCUGCUGCUCCAUGAGAUGGGAGCUCUGUGGGACCGUGGACUUCUUGUUUGUGGGGCGCUUCUCUUUUGGUUCCCGGGGUCAGAAAAGGGUCUCACUUAGCAACGUAGGACAGGAGACUCAAGAACUGCCUUUUUAUUGUGCUUCACAGACCAAAUAUCACCACAACUAUUCUUGUAAAUACAGCCAGGAAAAUAUAAAUAUGAAAAUAUAUUUACACUCUACUCUUAUUUUUAUGACCAUAAUAGAUUUUUUUUCCAGGAAUGCGUUUGAGCCAUUCUUGAAUAUAAUCUGUAGGGCUGUUUUUUUACAGCUUUAAUUCCCCUCAUUUCAUGUCUUAACUAGCAAUAGAAAAUACACAAUGUAUUUUCUAUUUUUGUAAACAUGCUUUUUCAUAGUAAGUCAUGCAUAUCAGUGGAACUCAAUGUUUGAGGGAGGCUCUGUCUCAGAACAUCUACACAAUGUCUCGGAACAUGUACACAAUGUCUCUGUCUCAGAACAUGUACACAAAGUCUCUGUCUCAGAACAUGUACACAAUGUCUCAGAACAUGUACACAAAGUCUCUGUCUCAGAACAUGUACACAAUGUCUCUGUCUCAGAACAUGUACACAAUGUCUCAGAACAUGUACACAAUGUCUCAGAACAUGUACACAAUGUCUCUGUCUCAGAACAUGUACACAAUGUCUCUGUCUCAGAACAUGUACACAAUGUCUCAGAACAUGUACACAAAGUCUCUGUCUCAGAACAUGUACACAAUGUCUCAGAACAUGUACACAAUGUCUCAGAACAUGUACACAAAGUCUCUGUCUCAGAACAUGUACACAAUGUCUCUGUCUCAGAACAUGUACACAAUGUGUCUGUCUCGGAGCAAGUACACAAUGGAAAUGUAGGAAUUGUAUCCCACUGAGGGUGGUAAGUUUGGACCUCCCUCUUUGAAAAGCUGCCAUGUUAAGCUUCAGCCAACGUCGUGCACUUUCAUUGUGCAUGCAUGCCUUCCCUUCUACUGGAAAUGCAUGCCUUCCCUUCUACUGGAAAUGCUCUAACAGGAGUGACUUCUGCUGCCAAAACACUUCUGGUGAAGGCUUACGACACAAAUGUCCUCAUAAAUAGAUAACAUGUAAUAAAAUGCUUUUUAAAAAGAAA